AUGAAGAUACGGAUCUCAAGCAGAAAACUAGCGGUGAGGACGUUGACGCCGUCACGUCAUCAGGGACCGCCUGUUGAAGGCUUCCGGAGAGCAGAAACAGCCUCCGAGGUCUGCGUCGUUAAGGUAGUCCCGCUCGCAUCCUCGAGCUCGGCUUAUGGCUACCCAGCAUAUGCUGCAUCGACUCAGCCGGCCGUUGCAACGCAGGUCCCCGCGGCACCGUCGUCACUAUACGACCCGUGCGGCGCAGGCUCUGCGGGCGCGUCGAACGCGGCUUUUUCAUACGCUCCUCCUGCCGCGGUAGGAAAUCUGUAUGCCCAUCCUGCUCAGGCCACACAGCCCUCGCAGCCGUAUCAGCCAACUGCAGCGAUGGCCCAUCCCAAUGCAAACCCUUACGGCCGCCCAUCAUCACAACCUCAGAAGAUCGUGGGCCAAGCGCCUCCACCACCUAUCAUGCUCCCUCCUCCCCCACCGAGAGCCGCGUAUGUCACGCCUUCCGGUCCGCCACUGCCACCCAAACGUGAUGCCGUCGGUUGGAACGACGCGCCCUCAGGUAUCGCCCAGCAACGCGGAACAGGACCCACCAGUAGACCAGCUGCCAUCACCGCUCCCUUGCCUAAAGCGCCCAUGUCCCCGAGCCUGCCUAGCACCCCGAGCUUCGGUCAUGGCCAGCUACAGCCCGCGUUGCCGCCACCACCGCGUCCUGGAAGCGUGCAGCAACGUCCGCCUCCGCCACAGGGCGGUCCAGGACCCUUCCCAAUGCAUCCACCGUCGGGUCCUCCGCCUCCUGGCCGGAUGAUGAUGUCCCCGCCGCCAGGGCCUGGCAUAGCACGCUCGCCACAGGCGCCGCCUCCUUUGCCCGGCCAGACCCCACCUCCUAUGCAAGGGCGACUCCCUCCUGGUGCUCCGUCCCAAGGCGUGCCGGGCCCGUCCGGCCCAUACACGCGCGCGACGCCACAGCCACAAGGCCCGCCGCCCAUGGGACCUCCUGGCCAGUCGCAGUUCGCUCAGCACCCGCCGCCGCAACACAGCAGCCGGGGCCGCAAGGCCAGGCCCACCGUGCGGCGCGCCGACCGGAACAGUUCGGCAGCGCCAGGACGCGCAGGCCCGCCGCCGCCAAAGUACCCUCCUGGUGACCGGAGCCAUAUACCCGAUGAGAUGCGGCCCGUAUACGCUGUACAUGAUCUCGGGCCCUCGCAAAAACGUCUCGUCGAUGACCUGGAGCGGAAGAUCAACCGGCUCUGA